AUGGACUUUUUAUUUGGCCUUCUUCAUACUCAAAAUGGUCAUGAUGGAGUUUGGGUGAUUGUAGAUCGUUUGACCAAAACUGCCAAGUUCUUGUCGAUCAAAGCCACUUAUAUUUUAAAUAAGUUGGCAAAGUUGUAUAUGGAUGAGAUAGUGAGCUCAUAUGGUACUCCAAUUUUCAUCCUCAGACAAAUGGCCAUGCAGACUCAUGAGGAUAUGUUGAGGGCUAGUGUUUUAGAGCUCAAAAGUAGCUGGGAUACUCAUCUGCCAUUGAUGGAGUUUGCUUACAAUAACAACUACCACUCUAGUAUAGAAAUGGAUCCUUUUGAAGCUUUAUAUGGUCGAAAGUGCAGAAUACUAGUUUGUUGGGAUGAAAUUGGUAAGAGGGAGUUAGUAGGCCCUGAAUUGGUUCAAAUGACGUCCGAAAAUGUGAAAUUGAUCAAAGAAAAGUUGAAAGCAGCUCGGGAUAGACAUAAAAGUUAUGCGGAUAUGCGCAGGAAAGAUCUUGAAUUUGUAGUAGAAGAUACAGUUUUUCUCAAAUUAUCUCCUUGGAAAAGGGUGCUGAGAUUUGAUCCCUCUCAUGUUCUAGAGUCUUACCCAAUUCAGUUGAAGGAGAAUUUGACUUAUAUAGAAGAACCAGUGAGAAUUUUUGAAAAGGAAGUGCAAACUCAACGAAACAAGACAGUUUCACUUGUUAAGUUUAGGAUUAAAUGUGAUAUGAAAAAGGAGUUGAAGGACUUCCUUUAUGAGAAGAAUAAUAUUAAAGAUUCUUAG